GUACGCGAUACUCCACCCAAUUAUUGGACAAUACGUGAAACGCAUCUCAGAUCAAACCACAUUUAAGACUGAUAAAGUGCGUGCUCUAUGUUUGUUGGUGUAUUUAUCAUUUCUCUUUUGGCCAACCUGUCCAGCACUCUCUCCGACAGAACUGGCAGACGAUCCGUGAGCAGCAACAAAACAAAAGCGCACACCUCGCAGAAACAGUACGGCAAACAGGUCAGUUAUCUCAAAUAUGUCAACAAGAACAGAAGAGUAAAGUUGUCGUUGGUGACCAACAGGCGAGAGAUGCUCCGCUAUGUCAUAGGCCAAGGAUUUCGUGUAACUGCAACGGACAACAGCCCAGACAAUACGGACACCGAAUCAUCUAUCGUUGUAAUUAACCCGCUGGAUCACGGUAGAGACGAAAUAAUAGUGAACAGGGUUUGGAUGUGCCUCAAGGCAACAGGCGAUGAACGAAUCAGUAACUGUGACGAUGACCGAAGGAAUGUAAAUGUGGAUAGGGGCUGGACCAUGGAAAUGUUGGGCGAGAGAAGCGCUAUUCUCACGAAUGAUGAUGAGGACGGACAAAGGUUAUGCCUGACAAAGAUAAGUGGCGGCAAAAUAGGCAUGAAGGAGUGCAGAAGUCCGCAUUAUGAUGACCAAAAAUUUGAGAUAUCGCAUUACACAGCAGGUGCUGAUGCGAAAAAUGAUGACGAUGACGAUGAUGGAUAUAAGGUGGCUGAAGAAGGGCGGAACGGAAAGUCAGCGGACAGAGACAGCCAAAAUGGCGGUGCUGAAGAAAAGGGAAUGGAACAGCAUGGACCGCCGUCUGAUAAUGCAUACGAACACGGUCCAAAAAAGGCAUCGUUCCGCAGUCAUGUGUCCGACCUUGAUCAGCCAAACGAUUACAGGUCUUCAGAAAUCGAUCCUGAUGAACCAAAGAAUUUAAAUCCGAAGGCCCGCCACGUCUACAGCCUGUUGAAAGAUGUAAAGAAAAAGACGGAUGAAAAAAUGAAGGAGAUUUUGAAAAACCCGAAUGCUGUGGAUGCCGAUAAGAUCAUAAGCGAUCUCCUAGCUCUAAACGAUACCGGAAUGGCACCUGGUUGCAGGUAUGAACGGGUCAUGAGGUGUGGCACAGAUCGCUCUAACGAUUGAUAAAACUCUCUUACUCGUUAAUACCAAACCAAAUUUCGUUAAAUCUGUAUUCUUACAUUACCAUAUGAUCCAUUAUUUUGCUAUUUACUAAAAAAAUCUUUCCGU